AUGGCAUCGGUUGAAGAAAAACAAAUUGAAUUAGAUCGUGAGGUUAGGUCAUAUUUAAGUAACCCCAACAAUGUGGAGGCUGCAGCAGAAGCUGUACUUAAUGAUUUAGUAGAUUCUGUGGUCUUGGGUAUUGUGUUUGAAGUCCAUAGAGCUGCCAAAUGUGGCCUUGUUGACCAUGAGGAUGGCAUCACUGAUGAAGUGAGCAAAUUUGAAAUUGUGGAAGGAGCUGAUAUGGAUAUAUUCGGACAACCAUUGAAAAAACGUCCUCAGAGAUGCAUUUGCCCCAGUUGUAAGCGUAGUCUUGCUGCAUUGAGGUUUGCACCUCAUUUAUCAAAAUGUAUGGGUCUUGGUAGAAAUAGUUUAAGAUUAGCAAGUCGGCAAAUAACAAAUAGUAGCAAAGAGAUGGUAGGAUAUAGUGCAACAGAUGAUAAUGAUUCUGAACUCUCUCUUGGUUCAGAUAGACGUAGAAAAAAGAGGGUGAGUUUUGGAACUAGACGUCCUAAAAAUUCAAAGACUGGCCGUAAUGGAGAUGUAACAUUAGAGACUGGAACAUGUUCAGAGCUUAACAACUCUAACAUGAACUAUGAUAGCAUGUCCAAUGAAGAGAAGAAGAAUUUAUUAAUGCAAAUCUGUGGUGUUAUAUCAGUGAGCACAAGAAAAUUGUGUACGAGGUCUAUGCGGUGCUCUCAACAUUCAGAUGAACAACGACGGGCAGUGCGAGCAGCACUCUUGAACUCGCAGGGCUCAGAUAUGAACAGUACACCUGACAUGUUGCAGGUGGAUAUAGACUCGUAUGAAGAUGGAGAUGGUCAGAGUAUGUGCGAGUCAUUAGGACAGAGUUGGGAACAGGAACAUUCAAAUACUUCGUCCCCAGCCGAUUCAGCAUCAACUAGUUCCUCCUCUUCGAAAAAACGUGAAAAAAAUACCAAAACCCAGGAAUAA